AUGGUGUAUUUCCAGAGAAAAAGUCUGGGAUCCCGGUGUCUGCUGCUCUCGCUUCUGCUCUUUGCAGCCUGGGAGACUGAGAGCAGGCAGGUCCACUACUCGGUCCCCGAGGAGGCCAAACACGGCACCUUCGUGGGCCGCAUCGCCCAGGACCUGGGGCUGGAGCUGGAGGAGCUGGUGCCGCGCAUGUUCCGAGUAGUGUCCAAAGGCAGUGGGGACCUUCUGGAGGUAAAUCUGCAGAAUGGCAUUUUGUUUGUGAAUUCUCGGAUCGACCGCGAGGAGCUGUGCGGGCGGAGGCUGGAGUGCAGCAUCCACCUGGAGGUGAUCGUGGAGAGGCCGCUGCAUGUUUUCCAUGUGGAGGUGGAGGUGAAGGACAUUAACGACAACCCGCCAAGAUUCUUCCGACAAGAACAAAGAUUAUUUAUUUUAGAGUCAAGAAUAGUGGAUUCCCGAUUUCCGCUAGAGGGCGCAUCUGAUAUGGAUAUCGGAGCAAACGCAGAAUUGAGAUACAAGUUAAAUUCUAAUGAAUAUUUUGAUUUGGAUGUUAAAGCAAAUGAAGAACAAACGAACUUUUUAGAGCUAGUAUUGAAGAAGCCAGUAGAUAGAGAAGAAACGCAAGAACAUAGUUUAUUAUUGAUUGCAAUUGAUGGAGGAAAACCUGAAUUAACAGGUACAGUUCAGUUAUUGAUAAAUAUAUUGGAUGCAAAUGAUAAUGCUCCAGAAUUUGAUAAAUCUAUUUACAAUGUUAAGUUACUGGAAAAUACACCGAAUGGGACGUUAGUUAUUAAAUUGAACGCCUCAGAUGCAGAUGAGGGUGUUAAUAAGGAAAUAGUGUACCUCUUUAGUAAUCUUGUUCUUGACAACGUAAAAUCUAAAUUUAUAAUCGAUUCCAAUAGUGGGGAAAUAACAGUUAUAGGAGAACUGGAUUACGAAGACUGUAACGUAUAUGAAAUUAAUAUUGAUGCUGUAGAUAAAAGUGCAUUCCCGUUAAGUGGACACUGUAAAGUAAUAGUGAAACUCCUGGAUGAGAAUGAUAAUACUCCAGAGAUGGUCAUAACCUCCCUAUCUCUGCCUGUUCAAGAGGAUGCUCCACUGGGCAGUGUCAUUGCCCUGAUCAGUCUGUCCGAUCGCGACUCCGGUGCCAAUGGGCAAGUGACCUGCACCCUGUCGCCCCACGUUCCCUUCAAGCUAGUGCCCACCUUCAAGAAUUACUAUUCCUUGGUGCUGGACAGCGCCCUGGACCGCGAGAGCGUGGCGAACUAUGAGCUGGUAAUGACAGCGCAGGACGGGGGCUCUCCUUCGCUGUCGGCCACCGCCAGCGUGUCCGUGGAGGUGGCCGACGUGAACGACAAUGCGCCGGCGUUCGCGCAUUCCGAAUAUACGGUGUUCGUGAAGGAGAACAACCCGCCCGGCUGCCACAUCUUCACAGUGUCUGCUCAGGACGCAGACGCGCAGGAGAACGCGAUGGUGUCCUACUCGCUGGUAGAGCGACGCGUGGGCGAGCGUGCGCUGUCGAGCUACGUAUCUGUGCACGCGGAGAGCGGCAAGGUGUUCGCGCUGCAGUCACUGGACCACGAGGAGGUGGAGCUGCUGCAGUUCCAGGUGAGCGCGCGCGACGCGGGCGUGCCUCCUCUGGGCAGUAAUGUGACGCUGCAGGUGUUCGUGCUGGAUGAGAACGACAACGCGCCCGCGUUGCUGCCGCCUGGGUCUGACAGCGGGGGCGGCGCGGUGAGCCAGCCUUUGGCGCGUUCUGUGGGCGCGGGCCACGUGGUGGCGAAGGUGCGCGCGGUGGAUGCGGACUCGGGCUACAACGCGUGGCUGUCUUACGAGCUGCUGUCGGAGGCGGGGGGCGCUCACAGCCCGUUCCGCGUGGGGCUGUACACGGGCGAGAUCAGCACGACGCGCGCCCUGGACGAGGCGGACGCGCCGCGCCAGCGCCUGCUGGUGCUGGUGAAGGACCACGGCGAGCCUGCGCUGGCGGUCACCGCCACCGUGCUGCUGUCGCUGGUGGACAGCGGCCAGCCGCCGAAGACCCCGUUGCGGAUUUCUGUGGGCGCCGUGGGCGUGGAAGAGGCGCUGGUGGAUGUGAACGUGUAUCUGAUCAUCGCCAUCUGCGCGGUGUCCAGCCUGUUGGUGCUCACGCUGCUGCUGUACACGGCGCUGCGGUGCUCGGCUCCGCCCACUGAGGGCGCGUGCGGGCCGGGGAAGCCCAUGCUGGUGUGCUCCAGCGCGGUGGGGAGCUGGUCAUACUCGCAGCAGAGGCGGCAGAGGGAGUGUUCUGGGGAGGGCCCGCCGAAGACCGACCUCAUGGCCUUCAGCCCCAGCCUUCCUCAGGGCCCUGGCUCUUCAGACAACGUGAGUCUAAAAAAUCUUAUUUAUAAGUAA